CCAUACAUUUGUAGGAUUCUCAGUCAGCUAGUCUGCAUAGCCCUGCACGUUUUUAUCGCUGCCAAGAAAUGCCGUGAGCAUCACGCCCGAUAAUCAGAUAAUAUAAAAGACACACACGAAGGGUCUUCCUGCGUCACAUAUAUAGCUGCCUUCAACAUUUGCAUGUCAAGAUCAUCCUUUCCCGUUAUCUGAUAAUGACAUCCUACCUUUUCCAACCAACAGUCCUGAAGUAUAUAUCGAUACUUCAUAUAAUUGCCAUGCUCUGUACUAUUUUUAGGCUUGUUUACAGAGGUUGGAUGCGUCACUUGUGGUGGGAGGAUGCAUGGGCAGCAUUUUCACUGAUCUCAGACGUUAUUUGCCUGCUAUGCAUCUGGAUCCAUACCUCGAUAAGUUUCCCUACCUGGACCUUCUCUGUGGCUUUCACCUCCGUUGUCUGGGCUGCGCGUAUGAGCAUGAUUUUCUCCAUCAUCCGAAUUGCCAGCCCUUCAGGUCACAAGUACCAGAAAUGGAUCACCUAUCUCAUCACAGUAUCCUUCGCGGGUAUGUGGGCUGUAGUACUGGUAUCGAAGGAUAGCACGUGCGUUUUCACAUGCCAGAAGACCAUGCCAGUAGCGCUCUUGCAAUUAAUUACGGAUGUCGUCGCGGAUGUUUCUCUCAUUCUUGCGCCCCUGCUGUUCUGGAAAAAUACAGGGCUCUCAAGCAACCACAAAAUAUUGAUCCUCUCCCCAUUCGGCGCAUCGCUCCUUAUCACUGCGAUUACAAUCCCCCACUCCGUAAUGCUCCUCCACUCUGCCUCAGAAACGACGCUCAUCAUCGCUCACGUCAAGGCCGCCCUCAGUCUCGUCGUCUGCAACCUCCUAGUGAUCGUCACUUUGAUAUACCGCGUGUGCUGGAAGAGAACACUUGACCCGGACCAAACACUUGAAUCUCCCAUAAUCUUUACGAGCGUUAUCACGGCACAAAUCCACGUCAGCGCGAUUUCUAUAACAUCACCCCCUGUGCAUGAGGAGACUACUCAAGAUACUUAACGACGGGCGUUGACUGGGAAAACAGAAGAUGAAAGACGCAAAUGUCCUUUUUACCAAAGGGUGCGCUAGCACAGAAGAAUGGAAAGCAAUAUUUAGAUGAUGGCGUUCAGUGAUUAGAGUUGCCAAAGAUGAUGCGCAAGUACUUUAUUCACCUUGGGAUACAACGA